GGGACAGACAUAACAGUGUGGGGAGAAGCUGAGGAAGUGCAGCUUCGCCCUAUUGGAAGCGUGGGUUCCAGGGCAGAGCUGAGGCUGGGACAGAAGCAGAUUAUAACCUGGAGAUGAUCAAGAGAUAACAGAUACAUCAGCGUGCAAAUCCUCCUAACAGAUCUUUGAAGUGAGCACUAUUAUUAUCUGCUGUAUUCCCCUCUAGAAUCCUCCCCAUCAAUCAUGGGAAGAGGAAUUUGAGAGAAAUCCCCGGGAUCAAAACCCAUAGUUGUUCUUGGAGCUACCCAUAUGUGCUGCCGCCUGAUGGCAGCUCUCAGCCCCGGCGCAGCUUGUAUCCCUUUCGCCCCUGGAAAUAAGGUGAUGGAGCUUUCAGAAUUGAGUCCGCAGGGUUGGGUCUGCCGAGGUCGGGGCGGAGCUGGGAGGAGCGGGGCGGAGCCUGCCGAGGAGCGGGGCGGAGCCUCCCGCGGGCGCGCAGGCUUCUGCCUGGCCACCUCUGGGUCCUCCCGGCGUCUUUGGCGACCCCAGUGGAAGAUGGCGGCGCCCUGGUGGCGUGCGGCGUUGUUCGCGAGUGGGAGAUGCCGGGGCUUGAGCACCUCGGCCUCCCUCAGCCGCCGGACACCUCCUCUCGGGCCUAUGCCCAACGAGCACAUUGACGUGAGCAACCUGGAGCGGCUGGAGAAGUACCGGAGCUUCGAGCGGUACCGCCGGCGGGCGGAGCAGGAGGCGCGGGCCCCGCACUGGUGGCGGACCUACCGGGAGCAUUUCGUGAAGGAGACAGAUCCCAAAGACAAAAUUGACAUUGGACUGCCCCCAUCCCGGGUCAUCCGGACUCAACAGCUACAGGAUCGGAAACAUUUUAUAAGGGAGCUUCGAGCCAACGUAGAAGAAGAACGGGCAGCCCGCCUCCGCACAGCCAGCAUCUCACUGGAGGCGGUGCGGGCCGAGUGGGAGAGGACCUGCGGUCCCUACCACAAGCAGCGUCUGGCCGAGUAUUAUGGCCUCUACCAAGACCUGUUCCACGGUGCCACUUUUGUGCCCAGGGUCCCCCUUCACGUGGCUUAUGCUGUGGGAGAAGAGGACCUGGUCCCAGUGUAUCAUGGCAAUGAAGUGACUCCGGCUGAGGCUUCCCAGGCCCCAGAGGUGACCUAUGAGGCAGACAAGGAUUCCUUAUGGACACUACUACUUACCAACUUAGAUGGACACCUGCUGGAGCCCGAUGCUGAGUAUGUUCAUUGGCUGCUGACCAACAUCCCCAGCAACAGGGUGGCUGAAGGACAGGAGACAUGUCCCUACCUCCCCCCCUUCCCUGCUCGAGGCUCUGGCUUCCACCGCUUUGCCUUCUUGCUCUUCAAGCAAGACAAGCCGAUCAACUUCUCUGAGGACAUGCGACCCUCACCCUGCUACCGGCUGGCCCAGCGGACCUUCCGCACUUUUGAUUUCUACAAGAAACACCAGGAAGCCAUGACUCCAGCUGGCCUAGCUUUCUUCCAGUGCCGCUGGGAUGACUCAGUCACCCACACCUUCCACCAGCUUUUAGACAUGCGGGAACCUGUGUUUGAAUUUGUGCGACCACCCCCUUAUCACCCCAAACAGAAGCGCUUCCCUCACCAGCAGCCCCUACGCUAUCUGGACCGAUACAGGGACAGUCAUGAGCCCACUUAUGGAAUCUACUGAGAGGCAGAAUUCAUUCAUCUUAGAGGAACCCCCUCUAGUGAAGCUAGUGCUCCGUGGGUGAGAAGAGGGUGCCAUGCAGCCUGGGAGCUGGAGAUAACACAAGGGAAGUGAAGCUUUACCUGUCCUAUAAAUGUUUGAAAGAGACGCCCUGGGUAUCAGAACCUUUUCAUGGAGGCAUUCCUGCCCCUGGGCUGGGGUCCCUGUCAGACCUGGCAACAGCUUGUUUGGGACCUUAGCAUAAUUUCAGCUCCAGGCAAGGCCUCGAACCCCCACUCUGUGACUAGAUGUCUAAAGGAGACCCAGCAGCACGAUGGUUCUACCUGCAUGGUUAGAAAGAUGUCAGCUCUGAUUCACAUUGCCCAGGAAGGCCCUGGGACCCUACCUGCCCUGCUGGGCUGCAGAGGAAAUGAUAGUUACCUUAUGGAUGGGAUGCAAAAGCAUCUGGGAGACCAGGCACUCGCCCAACAAAGGUUGAGCUGGUGGCUUAGAGGACCCUUGAAGAGGGACAAGUGUUCUGUUCACAUAGCUGGGAAAGACCUCAGAGGCCACAAGGGGCUGCAAUAGUGAGACCUCAUCAGAUAAAGAGUAAGGAGUCUCAGCUGUUGUGGUGAUGCACACCUUUGGGAGGCAGAGGCAGGCAGA